AUGGCCAGCGCGCUUACGAAUAGUGUCACCGACGACAAGAAUGAAUCAGAGGCGACUGUGGAAGCUCCAAGUUUCUACGAUACAAAAGUCUUCCGUUGGCUAUCUCUUCUGCUUUAUCUCGGUGGUAUAAGUGGUCUUGGUUUUAUUUUAUCGCUGUACUAUUUGUUCUUCUUCGACUCAACGAUGCCCGAUAUACAUCUGAAGUUCCCGAUAUCUAUAGAUGGAAAACCAGUGCAAAAGGUUCAAGCAUAUCCUUGA